CGAAACUCUUUUACCAGAGCCUUCUCAAACAGAACAAAAACCUUCAAAUAAUUGGUCAGAGCCUCCUUCUUCUUCAAAAUUUAAUAAUAAAUCACGAAGACACAAGCAUCCACGUAAAAAACAACGAACAAAUUCUCAAGAUUAUACAGACUUAUUAGUAUUUGGUUAUGAAGCCAAAACUUUUCGUGACGACGAAAUGGCGCAUAAGGUUAACAACGGAGAUUUGUUAAUACCUUGGAGGGGUGAAACCGAAAAUAAAAUUUUAUUAGAUAGAUAUGAUGUAAGAAACCUGCUUGAUGACCGUGAUCAAUUCAAAAAAGUUGCUUAUACAAUGACAAGGAAAUCAGAACAAGACAUUGAGCAGGAGAAACUCUGUGAUGAAGAAAGAUGGGCUGAUUUAGAUUCAGAAUUUGAGGAUUUAUAUGACAUGUCUGAAGAAGAAAGGGACGGUUAUGUUGAAGAAAAUAGAGAAUACAACUACAGUUAUUCGGAUGAAAAUCCGCAUUAUGAAGUGAAGGCUGUGCCAGUUCCAAAACCCGAUUAUACUCCAAAGUAUUCUGCUCCCAAUGGAAUGAUCACGCCUUUUGAUCAUCGGAUUGAUGAGAUCAUUGAACGUACCGCAAAGUUUCUUAAUUCUAGUACGGAUCCUCAAAUGGAGAUUGUUAUUCAGGCUAAGCAAGCCAACAAUCCAAGCUUUUCCUUUCUAAAUAAGGAUGAUCCGUUAUAUCCAUAUUAUAAACAUGUACGUUUAUUAUUGCAAACUGGACUUUUUGCUUAUGGGGGAAGUGAUGAUCAAGAAGAUUCGUCUAGCAAUGAAGGAAAAUUUGAAAACGGUAAUGGCUUAUCUAAUGACAAGUCUGAAAGGAAUGAUAAUAUUAAAGAAGAGAGGGCAGAUAAAAAAUUCGAGUUAAAAAGAUCUAUAUUAGAGACUACUACGUCUAUUGUGAGAAACCAUGAAUCAAUUCCUUCACAGAAUCAAAAUACAACUCCCAGACCUUCAAGACCGCCUCAACCUUUUGGUCCUAUUGUAGUGCCACCACCAGAUCUCAAAGUUAUUGUCGACAAAAUGUCUGCAUACGUUGCCAAAAAUGGGCAAUCCCUCGAAGCUAAAGUUCGAGAAAAACAUAUAGACGAUCCUCGUUUCAGUUUUUUGUUACCUUGGAAUGAAUUUCAUCCUUAUUACAAACAAAAGAUUCAGGAUGAAAAAUCUACAUGUGAAUCAAUGGAAAAAGAUAGUGUGGACGAUUCGGAAGAAGAAGAAUAA